UGCCGAUCCACCUCUAGAUAUCUGUAAUCCCUCCACGGCAUCAUCUCUCGAGCCCUUGUAAUUCCUUGUCCAUAUACUCUCUACCCGUCAUUAAUCUUUCGCCAUGACCUCCGAACCCCCCGCGAAGAAGAAGUGCCUGGGCGCAGACUGCGAUAACGACGCUGGAGCUCUGCAGUGCCCGACAUGCUUGAAGCUAGGCAUCAAGGACAGCUUCUUCUGCGCCCAGGACUGCUUUAAGAGAAACUGGAGCAACCACAAGAGCAUGCACAAGACGCAAAUCACCGGCUACUACAAUCCCUUCCCGAGCUUCCCCUUCGCCGGCCCGCUGCGUCCCGUCUAUCCUCUGUCCGAGCAUCGCACCAUCCCCAAGUCAAUUCCUCAUCCCACCUGGUGGCAGGACGGCGACCCCAAGUACAGCCGGUCUCUGGUAAACCGCAACAAGAUCGACAUCCACGAUGCAAAGGGUAUUGCUGCGAUGCGCAAGGUCUGCAAGCUGGCACGCGAGGUCCUCGAUCUUGCUGCGGCUGCAGCCAAGCCCGGCGUCACGACCGACUUCAUCGACGAGCUUGUCCACAAGGCUUGUAUAGAGCGCGAGUCGUACCCCUCACCGUUGAACUACAACCACUUCCCCAAGUCUUGUUGCACAUCCGUCAACGAGGUCAUCUGCCACGGCAUUCCCGACCAGCGUGUCCUGCUCGACGGCGAUAUUCUCAACAUCGACAUCAGCUUAUACCACGGCGGUUAUCACGCCGAUCUGAACGAGACGUAUUACAUUGGUGACAGGGCCAAGGCUGACCCCGAUAACGUAAGGGUCGUGGAGGCGGCACGUGAGUCUCUCGACGAGGCUAUCAAGGCCGUCAAGCCAGGUGUCCUGAUACGAGAAUUUGGAAACAUUAUCGAAAAGGUGGCAAAGCAGAAGGACUGCAGUGUCAUCAGGACGUACUGUGGCCACGGAGUUGGAAAGCUCUUCCAUUGCCCGCCAAACGUCCCUCAUUAUGCCAAGAACAAGGCUGUUGGAGAGUGCAAGCCCGGCAUGACCUUUACCAUUGAGCCCAUGAUUGCCCUGGGCAAGUACAGGGAUAUUACAUGGCCUGAUAACUGGACUAGCACAACCAUUGACGGAAAGCGGACGGCCCAGUUUGAGCACACUCUUCUUGUGACAGAAGAUGGCUGCGAGAUUCUUACGGCACGAACUGCCGACUCGCCCGGAGGACCGAUUCCCAUGCCGGAGAAGAAGGUGGAUGGGGUGGCAGCUUGAGAAACUGCCUGACAAUGUAGGAUGAAUAUAUGGCUCUGAGUUAGUGAUUUGAUACCACCAUUAUGUAGCGUAUUGUAUGAUGCGGCAUCCUAGAGUUGAGGUUGAGGUUGAGCAAUAGGGUACUGGCGUCGUUGGGUGUGCUGCGAGUGAAUAGAGCCGUUGUUCUCUGCUGCAAAUGUUUUUCUUGUGAGUGCUGUUGCCGUG